AUGAUACGUAAGCAAGACAAUAAGGUCCAGAACAAGACAUCAGAGAAAGGGACUCCAAAUCCAACGCCAAUAGACACUAUUGUUCUGGUUUGGAAUUGGCCAUGGGGGGAACAUUUUGCAUUAGACAAGUGUACAGAAUUUGGUUUUCAUGGAUGCAAGCUGUCAACAAACAGGAGUCUAUAUGGUAUUGCUGAUGCUGUUGUUAUACAUCAUGCAGAUAUAAUGCAUAAUAGGAAUGCAUUGCCUAAACAACCAAGACCUUCUUUCCAGCGUUGGGUGUGGAAUAACUUAGAGCCUCCUCUGAUUAUUACAAACUUGGAGAUGUUGGACAACUUGUUCAAUGCAACUAUGACAUUCCGUCAGGAUUCAGAUAUUUUUAUCCCAUAUGGUCAAAUAGAAACAAUGAAAGAGUCUCGAAACUUCUCCAUUCCCAAGAAGUCCAAGUUGGUAUCUUGGGUAGUCAGCAAAUGGUAUCCUGGUGUUCCUCGCAUUUCUUUUUAUGAAGAGUUGAACAAACAUAUUCCAAUAGAUGUUUACGGAAAGCGACACAAACCACUUAGAUCAGAAGAUUUCCACCAAACAAUAUCUCAGUAUAAAUUUUAUUUGUCUUUUGAGAAUUCUAUAUAUAAAGACUAUAUCACUGAAAAGUUUUGGUCAAAUGCCUUUGGUUCAUGGGCUGUUCCAGUUGUAUUAGGAACCUCCCGUGAGAACUAUGAACGUUUUGUCCCAGGAGAUUCCUUCAUUCAUGUUGAUGACUUUCCAAGUCCAAAGGAGCUGGCUGAAUAUCUUCUUGAGUUGGACAAAGAUGAUGUGAAGUACCAAAAGUAUUUCAACUGGAGAUCCCGAUACUAUGUGAAGGCACUUUCUGGAUGGUCAUAUCAGUACUGUAAAGCAUGUGCAGUCAUAAAGCAGAGUCCAAGAUAUCAGGUUGUUCAUCAAUUAGCCAAGUGGUUUUUGAAGGAUGUAUAG